GCUAUAUUUGAGAUACUUCCGGCACUGCGAUGGCGGCUUUGUUUUGAAGAACAUACACAGCAAGUGCAAAUUGGACGCUCAUAGUUGCAAGAUAUUCAUCGCGAUGACCAUGAUAAUAAAUAAUCUGCAAUAUGGGGAAUAAGUUGCUUAUUAUUUGAAAAUUGUUGUUCAUUUAUUUGAUUGGUUUUGUUGUGUUCUGGUACGUCCGUGGUAGGGGAAAAUGUCGGCAGGUUCCCACGCUGGUGGCGUCGGUGGCGUGCUGCCGCCAGAGCAAAUUGGGUAUAUUCCUGACAAAUUAAAGAAAGCAGAGAAACGCAUUGAAGCAUUUCCAUAUGACACGGAGGCAUGGAGUGUUUUGAUUCGAGAUGCCCAGAUGAAACCAAUAGAGGUUGCCAGGCAAGUGUACGAGAGACUAGUAACCCAAUUUCCCAAUGCUGGCAAAUACUGGAGGAUUUAUAUAGAACAAGAGUUAAAAGCGAAGAAUUUUGAGAGAGUGGAAAAGCUGUUCCAGAGGUGCCUUGUCAAAAUUCUGAGCAUAGAUCUGUGGAAACUUUAUCUAAAUUAUAUAAAGGACACGAAAGGAAAACUGCCAUCUUAUAGAGAAAAGAUGGCUCAGGCAUAUGACUUUGCUUUAGACAAAAUGGGAAUGGACAUCAUGUCUUAUCAAAUCUGGCUGGACUACAUCAACUUCCUGAAAUCAGUAGAAGCGGUGGGUUCGUAUGCAGAAAAUCAGCAGAUAACAGCUGUUCGUAAGGUAUUCCAGAGAGGUGUUGUGAACCCUAUGAUUAACAUAGAGGGACUCUGGAAGGACUAUUGCCAGUAUGAGCAGAAUAUAAAUCCACUGAUUGCCAAAAAAAUGACGGAAGACCGAGGACGGGAAUAUAUCAAUGCUAGAAGGGUUGCCAAGGAGUACGAGGCUGUUACACGGGGUCUGAAUAAGAAUCUUCCAUCUGUACCCCCACAGAAUAACCCAGACGAGGCCCAGCAGGUGGAUCUGUGGAAAAAAUACAUCACCUGGGAGAAAAGUAACCCCCUGAGGACAGAAGACCACGCCCUGAUCACCAAGCGAGUGAUGUUUGCCUAUGAGCAAUGUCUGCUGUGCCUGGGACACCAUCCUGACAUCUGGUAUGAGGCAGCCUCUUACUUGGAACAGUCCAGCAAAAUCCUGUCAGAAAAAGGAGACCAGAAUGCUGGGAAAAUGUUCGCAGAUGAAGCUGGGUCUGUGUAUGAACGAGCCAUUACCACACUAAUGAAGAAUAAUAUGCUGGUUUACUUUGCAUAUGCAGACUUUGAAGAGAGUAGGAUGAAGUACGAGAAGGUUCAUGGUAUAUAUAAAAAACUACUUGUUGUUCAAGAAAUAGACCCGACACUGGCAUUCAUCCAGUAUAUGAAGUUUGCCAGACGAGCUGAGGGAAUAAAGUCAGCCAGACAAAUUUUUAAAAUGGCUCGCGAGGAGAAUCGGACUCGAUACCAGGUGUUUGUAGCCGCAGCACUGAUGGAGUAUUACUGUAGCAAGGAAAAGACAGUCGCAUUGAAGAUAUUUGAGCUUGGAUUGAAGAAAUAUGGAGGGAUUCCAGAGUAUCUGCUGUGUUACAUGGACUUCAUGUCACAUUUAAAUGAGGACAAUAAUACCCGAGUCUUGUAUGAGCGAGUUUUGUCCUCAGGACAGGUGCUCCCUGAGAAAUCUAUAGAGAUCUGGAGCCGAUUUCUGGCCUUUGAGUCGGAGGUUGGGGACCUGGCGAGUAUACAGAAAGUGGAGAAGAGGAGAGCCCAGGCUAUUGAAAAGGUUCAAGAGUUUGAAGGGAAAGAUACAGCCUUGUUAAUAGACAGAUACAAAUACCUAGAUCUUUACCCAUGUACUACCACAGAGCUGAAAGCAGUUGGAUACUUUGAUUUAGCCAGGCAGCAGGUAGUGACUCUUCCCUCCACAUCUGUGACUAAGGUUGUUCUUGAAGAGGAGGAGAGUAAAAAUAAACCACAGUAUCCCAAACCAGACGUAGAGCAGAUGAUACCCUUCAAACCCAGGCAGAUUGUUCCUGUUGGAGCCCAUCCCAUUCCUGGAGGGGAAUUCCCACCUCCUCCUGCUGCAGCUAAUCUGAUAUCACAGUUACCUCCCCCUGACUGUUUCCACGGCCCAUUCGUCAUCAUGGAUAAGUUUAUAGAACAUUUCAACAAGCUAGUACUACCAGAAGCUCCAGUUGGGACGGAGAAUGGUAUUGAUGGCACAUUUAAACUAGACCCAGGAACGCAGCUCUCCAUUGACUUCGCUUUAGGUAGGAAACGGAAAGUCACCGAAGGUGAAGAGAGUGACGAUGAGGGAAAGCACGUCGUGCACUGGUUUCGCAAAGGACUUCGUUUACACGACAAUCCAUCGCUUCUUGAGGCAGUGACAGGGACGGCCACAUAUCGCUGUGUUUACAUAUUGGACCCGUGGUUCGCUGGCUCGUCACAAGUUGGAAUCAACAAGUGGCGGUUUUUGCUGCAGUGCCUAGAAGACUUGGAUACUUCUCUUCGGAAAUUGAACUCCAGAUUAUUUGUAUUAAGAGGACAACCCACAGAUUUGUUUCCUAAGAUAUUCAAGGAAUGGAAUAUUACGACUCUUUCAUUCGAGGAGGACCCAGAACCUUUUGGAAAGGAAAGAGACAGUGCUAUACAGAUGUUGGCCAAGGAGGCUGGGGUUGAGGUCAUAAUGAAAACUUCUCAUACACUCUAUGACCUUCAGAAAAUAAUUUCAAUCAACGGAGGCACUCCUCCCUUAACGUACAAACGUUUCCAGUCAGUUCUAUCAAAACUAGACCCUCCUAAAGAGCCGGAGGAAACCAUUAACAGCGCUAUACUGGAAAAUAAGAAUACUCCAAUCUCAGAAGACCAUGAUGACAAAUAUGGGGUUCCCACAUUAGAAGAAUUAGGUUUUGAGACAGAAGGGUUAGGGCCUGCUGUUUUCCAUGGUGGGGAAACUGAGGCUUUGACCAGGCUUGAGAGGCACCUGGAACGCAAGGCCUGGGUAGCCAGCUUUGAACGACCUAAGAUGUCCCAACAGUCUCUGUUUCCUAGUCAGAAUGUGCUGAGUCCGUACCUGAGAUUCGGUUGUCUCUCUGCUCGUCUCUUCUACUGGAAACUUCAAGAUUUAUACAGAAAGGUUAAAAAGAGGAAAGACCCUCCAUUGUCACUGCAUGGACAGCUCUUAUGGAGAGAGUUCUUUUACACAGUGGCGACCAAUAACCCUAAUUUUGACCGGAUGAAAGAUAAUCCAUUAUGUGUGCAAAUUCCAUGGGAUAAAAAUCCUGAAGCAUUAGCAAAAUGGGCAGAGGGUAAAACUGGAUUUCCAUGGAUUGAUGCUAUAAUGAUGCAAUUAAGGCAGACUGGGUGGAUCCAUAACUUAGCUAGACAUUCUGUGGCUUGUUUUUUGACUCGUGGGGAUCUCUGGAUCUCAUGGGAAGAAGGAAUGAAGGUGUUUGAGGAGCUGUUGUUGGAUGCGGACUGGAGCGUCAAUGCUGGCAUGUGGAUGUGGCUGUCCUGUAGCUCCUUCUUUCAGCAGUUUUUCCACUGCUACUGUCCCGUGGGAUUUGGCAAGCGAGCUGAUCCGACUGGAGAUUUUAUCAGAAUGUACUUGCCAGUUCUGAAAGGCUACCCUGCCAAGUAUAUUUACGAACCCUGGACAGCCCCAGAAAGUGUACAGCGGGCAGCAAAAUGUAUCAUAGGCAAAGAUUAUCCUGUGCCUAUGGUGAAUCAUGCCGAGGUCAGCAAACUCAACAUUGGGCGGAUGAAGCAGGUGUACCAGCAGCUGGCCAUCUAUGCCUCCAUAGCUUCAGUUCCCAAACAAAUCCACUCCGGGGAACCAUACAGCAAGCACACAAAAGCAAUGAAUUCUGGGAACCAUCCCUCACGAGUAGCUUUAAUGGACAGCUCUGAACAUGGCAGUCAUGGUAACCAUAGUCAGAUGACUGGAGAAGACAAGGAGUCCCAACAGCAGUAUUUAUCAGUAUAGGUGCUGGAAUAAGUCCGACUUUGAAUUCUCAGACUUUUAAAUGGCAGUGGGCAAAUGUGAUUUCUGACUUCAAUUUCCCAGACAUUUGCAUGGCAGUGGGCAAAUGUGAUUUCUGACUUCAAUUUCCCAGACAUUUCCAUGGCAGUGGGCAAAUGUGAUUUCAGACUUAGGUUUCCCAGACAUUUCCAUGGCAGUGGGCAAAUGUGAUUUCAGAUGGAAGAUAUAACAUCUUCAAUAUUCUGUGGAGGGUAAUCCUUUAUCACUGCCUGUUGAUUGUGUGUGGGCUGUAUCUAAAUGUUACAAUCGAACUAAUGUGUGUCAGGAUAACAGUUAACCUUUAUUUGGAUUAUCGUCGCAAACCACGGCCAAUAUGUACAAUCCCCUCCCAUAGGAGAGAGCUAUAUGCAGACUCCGGACCGUGGCUUGAGACAAUGUGUUUGGACAAACCACCGUUAAAAUUUGUUAUUAUUUAUUCAAUCGUGUGUGGUUUUUCUAGAGCAGAAAAUAUCAUUAAACCAAAUGUUGGAUUUACUUGGAGAAUUCCAAUAUAUGUGUAUCGGACCAAUGUUGGAUUUACUUGGUGAUUUCCGCUAUACAUGUAUCAGGCAAAUGUUGGAUUUACUUAGUAAAUUCCGAUAUACGUGUAUCGGAUGAAGUGCAACAAAUGCAUAAAAUUAUAUGAUUUUACAUUUCAUUCAAAAAUUUACCGAAGUGUACAUUUUUUUUAUCUUAUUUGUUUAUGAUUGUUUUAUCCAAUAUAGUUUUUUAUGUCCAAAGUGUGAUCUCUAUAGGUAAUUUCUAUUUCAUGUAUGGCCGUAUUGCUAUGUAUCUUAUAGUUUCUUGGACGUACAUGCACUGUGAAACAUUAGAACUGUAAAGCGUAAAGACCACUCCCGCUCUCUCAGCUUAUUUAAAUGGUCAGUUUAAUGAGAAAUACAGGGAUUCUUUCAGUAGACUAAAUACAUCAAAUAUUGUUGAUGCUGAAUGACCAAAAUGUUUAUUUCAAUUUCGAUUCACAACUGAAUUUUUAAUAUAAAAAAAAAUUGAAACUACAGGUACAAUACACUGAGCUCUGUAUCGCCAUCUCACCAAGUUCCAUAUUGUGAUCUCACUAAGCUCUAUAUCACAUCUCACUGAUAUCUAUAUCACGAUCUCACUUAGCUCUAUAUGAUCAUCUCACAGAGCUCUGUAUCAUUAUCUCAAUGGGAUCACCAUCUCAUCGAGCUAUAUUUCACCAUUUCAACUGGAUUGCUAUCUCGCUAAGCUCUACAUCGCUAUCUCAAUCGGAUGUACAUCAUAUCACCGAGAUGGUUUUUUUUUCAUGUUAACAUUUGGUUAGACUAUCGUGAGCUUUAUUUUUGUGAGAUUAAAGCAUGUAUUUAUAACUGUUUCAAAGUGAUGUGUAUCAUCUUUAUAAUAUAUUCCUUUUGUAAUUUGACAUAUAUUUGCUUGACAGGCAGCAAACUUUAUUCCUUUUAUGAUGCAUCUGUUUCUGUGGACUUAGAACCAAAUGUACUCAUUUUAAAUGGUGAACACAGAAGUUUAAUUAUUGUGUAAAUGUGUAGUUAUUUGAAUGUUGAAUGUUUCUUUUUAAGAUUCAACAUGGCAAUUACUUUCUACAAUAUCUUCUUAAUGAAUUGCUACAAAUUGUCUUUUGAAAACAACAGGAAGUACAAUGUAGUUAGAUUGGAAAUUGUCAGAUAAUUUAUACAAAGAAUAAAGAAUUUCAAAUGCUAGAUAUCCAAGUGAAAGUUGAUAAUUGAAUGGUCAAUUAUCAAUGUCUUGAAUCUAUUUGAUGUUGAACUUCCUCUAAAACUCAUUCCUGAUAUACCUGUACUAUUUAUCAUUCUGUGCACCGGUAUGGAAUGUGUUGUUUUGACAUCAACGUACUCAGUAUUUAUUGUGUGAGAUACAUGUAUAUUACGAUCAGUCACUUCUAAAUGGUUCAUACAGGUGACUCGAUGGCUCAAACUUUAAUCUCUCAAAGUGAAAUUGCAGUCCUGAUUUUUUUCUCUAACGAAGUGAAAUUUAGGUUGUGUAAAACGAGUUUUAUUGUUUUACGCUCGAGAUUUCUCAAAGUGGUGGUAGAAUAUGUCCUCAAGCGCAUAGUUAUUUCUGCUUGGACCUUACCUGGAUAAUGGUGAAUGCCAGGGGCUAGCUCGCCUGUGUUAAUUAUUUAUCAAGGUGAAAAAUUUCUAUUUCCUUGUGGGGUGGAUGGUUAAUUGUUGAAUAUGUCAAUUUACCCCUACCGACCCACACACACACAUUUUUUGUUUUCAUUACAUAAUUUCAACUUGUUUGGACUGGACAGUAAGACAGGAUUUUCCAGAAUAUAAUUAAAUAAUUUCAAGACAUGGUAGGGUAACAUUGUUAUUUAUUGGAAUGCGUGCUCUGGGUGAAGUGACUGAAGAUUGUAAUGAUUGUACUCUAUGUAGUUCGUGACUACGGAACUUCGUUGAUAUGUACAAGAAAUUUGUUGUGUAAAUGUAUAUGUAUGUCUAUCUAAACAUGAGAAAGGAACAAAUAAAUACAUAAACUUUAAAAAAUCUUUUUAUCUAUGCAAGAUAAAGUUCUUUGUUGUUGACAUCAAGUCAAUUACCCAAAACUAUAAAGGACAACAUGUCAAAACAAUCCCAGGGUGUGGUAAAUAUGCACUCCGAUUGCUGUAAAAUCUUAACUUUUGAGUCGUAGAGAGUCACCUGUAUUUCCAUUUCUUAUUGAUGCAGCAUAAGAUGUGUGAAUUUUGUUAUGAUUAGAUCAAUGAGGCAGGCUUACACCAUUGUACGUUGAGAUCAUCAAAUUGUUUAGAAACUUCUUUUUGUUCAGAAACAGCAGUCACAUGACUGAUGCUGAUGGAUCAAUCCUGAUAUCAAUGCAGAUACUAAGAAGUUUAUUGAAAUUUCACAUAAAUGAUUUACAUAAAUAUUUUAAAUAUGCUAUACGUAAGGUCAUUGGAAAGGCAUAGCCUGUUUUUUUGCUCUUCCUUCUUUUUAUGCCCCCGAGAUCGAAGAUCGAAGUGCAUAUUGUUUUUGUCCUGUCUGUCAUUCUGUCUGAAACAUUAACUUUGCUAAUAACUUUUGAACUGUAAGUGCUAGAGCUUUGUUAUUUCACAUGAGUAUUCCUUAUGACAAGACCUUUCCGUGGGUACCAACAUUGUUUACCCUGUGAGUUUGACCUACUUUUAAAAACCUUUAACCUUGCUAAUAACUUUUGAACAGUAAGUGAUAGAACUUUGAUAUUUCACAUGAGUAUUCCUUAUGACAAGACCUUUCCGUGGGUACAAACAUUUUUGACCCUGUGACCUCCACCUUGGAGUUUGACCUACUUUUUGAAAACUUUAACCUUGCUAAUAACUUUUGAACAGUAAGAGCUAGAGCUUUGAUAUUUCAUUUGAGUAUUCCUUGUGACAAGACCUUUCUGUUGGUACUAAACCUUUUGACCUUGACAUUUGACCUACUUUUAAAAAAAAUAGACAUUGGUCAUAACUUCUAAAUGGUAAAUAUUAGAGCUUUCAUAUUGCACGUGAGCAUUUCUUGUGACAAGAUCUUUCUACUGGUACCAAGAUAUUUGUCCUUGUGACCUUGGCCAUCUUCGGAAUUGUCCAUUAUCGGGGGCAUUUGUGUUUCGCAAACACAUCUUGUUUUUUUUUUUUUUUUUUACUGCCACUCCCCUUGAAACUACCAAGGUCCACCUGAAAAUCACCUGAGUGAUUUAUCUUACAAGUGUACAUCACAAAAAUCCUGUACACUGCCUGCAAAUAAGAAGCAAUUGACAGGACAUUUCAUUAUGUUUUCAAUAUGUAUUUUUAGGAAAUAUGGAGUUACCUGCCCUCUAUGUAGUAGGAACAGUACAAAUUUGAGGGAUGUGGGGUUUCUCAUCCUAAAACUAGUAUAUUCUCUUUCAUUUGUUUGUCCAAAUAUAACUACAGUUAAUACUUCAUAAAGACAACCUUUAGUUGUGUAUAUGCUUGCCACAUAUAUCACAGAACUCUUUGAGAUUUGUGAAUAUACACGCAAAUGUACACGUACAAAUUUACCAGUAUUAAUCUGAAAACCUUUUCCCGUCCUAGCAAACUGCUAUUUAUACUACCAAAUCAUGCGACAUCCUCAACAAUCACCCAAACGGUACCUAAGCAAAAUAAUUUAAUACUGAGUAUUUAAGAACAAAAUAUUUGAAAAUUUCAUGUGUGGCCUUUUCAUAGAAAUAUCACCCUUUCUGUGAUUAUUGCCUGGACUUGAUCCUAAAUCAUGUCAGCUAACCAAGAUAAAAGACAUUGCAUGUUAAGUUGCUUGCCAAGUACUACUAAAAGCAGAGACCAUUAAUCUGUGUAUAAAUCUUUUCUUGUUUAACAAGGGUGACUUCACAGGAAAAAUCAUUUUGCAUACUUUUUUACUACAAGCUUUUUAUUUCUAAAUUCUUUAGAUUUUCCAAUGGCCUUAAUGUACAUAUUCAAUGCGAAUAUUCAAAAAAAUAAUAUUCAACAUAUAGUUUUUGGUCCGUCUGCAUAAUCUUUUAUCUAGGCUAUAUUAACGUUUGAGUGGAUGAUGGUACGGCUCUCAUAUUUCACGUGUAUUCCUUUGACAAGACCUUUGUUUAGUUUUAAUUGUUGACCUUGAUCUUUAAGUUUGACAUACUUUUGAAAAACUUAAAGCUUGGCUAUAACUUUUUAAUGGUUAGUCCCAGGGCUUUUCACAUUUCACAUGUGUAUUCCCAUUCAUACCCAAAUGUUUGACCUCAUGACCUUGGGGCAUGGCCAUAUGAGGGCAUCAGUGUUUCACACACGCAUCUUGUUAUAUUGAAAAUGUUGUUAUAUAAAUUGUUGUUAUGUAAGUUAAAAGAAAUAAAUGAUGUGAAGUAA